GGGAUUAUUUCAAUAAAUCUCAUUAACGUGGCGGGGGCAUCAAAUAAUAAUGGCAAAGGGGGCCGACAAGCCGCCCCAGUCGAUGUGGGGUCUCCCUUACUCGACUGGGAGGAGGCUGACCAUUUUAGUUUUGAGGAUUCUGAACGGUUCGAGGAAGAUUCCCUGUGUAGCUGGAGUUCAGAGCCCGAGAGCCUAUGCAACAAUUGGCGAGGAUGGCGGCGUCCAAAUCUUCAGAACUCAUUUGGAUCCCGAUCAACUAAAAAGAAUAUUCAAGAAAAGACAGUUUCAACACUAAGUGAACUAGCAGCAAAAUGUGUAGCAUCUCACAUACCAUUUGAAUUAGUUGAACAUGUCUAUCCACCGGUACCGGAGCAACUGCAACUCCAGAUUGCUUUCUGGAGUUUCCCAGACAGUGAAGAUGACAUCAGGUUGUACUCCUGCCUUGCAAAUGGCUCAGCUGAUGAGUUUCAGAAAGGAGAACACCUGUUCAGAGAUAGAGCAGUGAAAGACGUUCUACAAAUUGGUUUUCACUUGUCUGCAACAGUGGUUGUUCUAAGCAUGCCGCGGGCUCAGUUCAAUGUUGCUGUCACAUUUGACAGACAAAGAAUAUCGUCAUGUAACUGCACCUGCUCCUCAACGGCGCAUUGGUGCUCUCAUAUUGUAGCUGUGUGCUUGUACAGGAUACAUCUUCCAACUCAAGUAUGCCUCAGAGCACCUGUGUCGGAAUCUCUGCAGCGUUUGCGAAGAGACCAACUGCAGAAGUUCGCACAGUACUUGAUAUCGGAGUUGCCUCGGCAAGUUUUGCCAACAGCGCAACGUAUACUAGACGAACUGCUGUCGGCACAGCCGAACUCCAUAAACACCACAUGUGGUGCACCGGAUCCUACCGCGGGCGCUUCGGCCUACGAAUACACGUCCUGGUUCCUUGAUGAGAAGACACUGCACAAUAACAUCAACAAGAUCUUAGUCAAAUUUUGCGUCCCAACGCCUAUUGUGUUUAGCGAUGUCAACUAUCUAAGUACAAGCGCGCCCCCUGCCGCGGCGGAAUGGUCGUCACUGUUGAGACCGCUGCGUGGCAGGGAGCCAGAAGGCAUGUGGAACUUGCUCUCCAUCGUCAGAGAGAUGUUCAAGAGGAACGAUAGAAAUGCUAUACCCCUUCUGGAAAUCAUAACUGAAGAGGUCAUGGCAUGUGAACAGAUUAUAGUGUGGUGGUACACGACUAAGGCGGCCCUAGUGGCUUGGGGCAGUAACGGCGGCGGCGGUAAGCAUGGCGGCAGUGGAGGAAAUUCUGCUGCACAGCAUGCUUGCUCCUCUCUUUGUGACGAGGUUGUCGUCUUGUGGCGUCUCGCUGCUUUGAACCCGGCCUUGGCGCCUCACGAGCGUGAUACGCUUCACGAACAAUUUGCCCAAUGGCACAUGAAAGUACUUGAUAAGGUGGCAAAGAAUCGCAACACCCAUAUAACUACAAGUUCGUCUUCGCACGCUAGACACGCGUCGCGAUCUCAUUCUCAUUCUCCUUACAUCAACGGUAUCAGCGAGAACGAAGUGUUCCCAGGGUUCCACCCAGCUAUGGAAGCUUGCUUCUUAGAGUGGGAUGACUAUCAGAUACCCGGGGUGACCUACACUAAAGACUUGAACCCGCUGUACCACAGCCCUUUCACUAUCUUUAGACAUGCUGAUAAACAGAAUGAUAGUGUACAUCAGGUAAAUUCGUCUAAAGCAGUGUUGAAUAACGAGAUGUCAUUGAGCUAUAGGCUGACAAAUCCCGAUCCUUCACUGCUAGGACACCGUACUACCAUUCAUAGGAAUAGUCAUAUAAAUGUGGACUUAGCUGUUCCUGGACCCUCAAAUCAGCCUUGUGGCUCUGAGGAAGGACCAAGUGAUCCUCCGCGUGAUUCAGGACCAAGCGAUGGAAACCACUCGAGUGUUUCUUCUGAAGGUUUCUGUGAGAACGAAGAGGAGAUUCUUCAGCAGAGCGGUGGAGACACGGAUUCUCAGGAGUCUAGCUCUCCUCCCAUUUCGUCUGAUGAUGCUCAGCGGCGCGUGUCCAAUGACGAAUCGGUGUCGGAUGACGACUGCAACCUGUACUUCUACGACACGGCGGCUGCCAGGCGCGCUGUCUCGGGGGAGGGAACCAGCUCCGGCUCCGGUGUUGCGAUCGCAUCAGGCAGUGGAUGCGCGGGCGGCUGGGCGUGCGGCUGGGAGGGCUCGUUCGCGCGCGCGGAGGGGCUGCACGCGCACGGGCACGCGCGCGACGCGUGCGCGCUGGGCGCGCGGCUGGCGCGCGAGCUGCUGGCGCGCCCGCCCGCGCUGGGCGCCGCGCCGCUGCUGCCGGCCCUGGACCCGCGCCGCCCGCGCCGCCGCCACACGCCCAGCCCGCGCCUGUGCGCCGCCUCGCACCGCCUCUCCUGCCUCGCCUCCGCCACGCUCGCCAAGUGCGCCUUCCUCUGCACCGUUCUAGCAGAAUUCAGCGAACAUCACGAGCUUGCAUUCCGCAUAGGUCUAUUUGCGCUCGAGAUGGCUCGUCCGCCGGCGAGUACCAAAGCAUUGGAAGUAAAACUGAACAACCAAGAGACGGAAUUGGUUGCUCUUCUGAAGAAGCUACCGACAGGGGCCGAACAGUUGGCUUUAGCUCGCGAGAAGGCUGAGCAACUGCGUGACGGUACAUUGAGGAACCGUGGACCUGCUCUAUUGCCGAUUGCACUGGCGAGCUUCCUUUUCGAUGUUCUCGUUUUAUCAGCUACUGAUAAAGAGAAUAAACAUCCUGCAAGAUCGCCAAACGAUGAAACCUUAGGGUUCGAAGCAGCCGUUGCAGCUUUAGGACUGAAGGCAAAUGUGUCUGAGGCAGAACAUCCUCUACUUUGUGAGGGAACAAGAAGGCAACGAGGAGAGUUGUCUCUAACUCUACUUUCCUUCUAUAAGGACGAUCCGGUCAAACUGGCCAGGAUUAUGAAUAAACUUCUAGACCGCGAAAUCCACCAGUUGACGAAGAGUCCGAUGGUGAGCCUGUACUACAUGAACAACCCGCGUCUGGCCGCGUACCGCGCCGACGUGUCCGCGCAUCCCGCGUACAAUGCUCACGCGCACCCCAGCCCGCCGCACUGUAGCAGCGCCACUCCAUCUCAGAUGAGCACGCAAUGCGGGUCGAAUGAGUGGCGAGCACAGACGGCGAGCCUGAGCGGGGACAUGGAGCGUCUGGUGGUGUCCGAGGGCGGCGCCUCGCCUCCCGCGCAUUCGUCGCACGCGUCACAUGCGUCGCAUGCGUCGCAUGCGUCGCACGUAUCGCACGCAUCGCACGCAUCGCACGCAUCGCAUGCGUCGCACGCAUCGCACGCGUCGCACGCAUCACACGCGUCGCACGCGUCGCACGCAUCGCACGCGUCGCAUACGUCUCACACGACGCACGCAACCCAUACGACGCACACGCCGCAUCCGACGCCACAUGCUUCCUCCUCGCACCCGCCCAUCUCCAGGGCGAAGGAUUCCAGAUACAAAGGCAAGCGCCUAUACCCUUCAGUGCCGAACCAACCCUCUGAAGCGUCUGCUCACUUUAUGUUCGAGUUGGCAAAGUCCGUGCUGUUCAAAGCCGGCGGCUCUUCAAGUACAAGCCUGUUCACUCAGCCGUCGUGUGCUAGGGAACAUCAUGGACCGCAUAGAGGAUUACACAUGGCGGCUUUCCAAUUGGGACUUUACGCUCUCGGCUUACAUAACUGUGUGAGCGCUAAUUGGCUCAGCCGUACCUAUUCAUCACACGUUAGUUGGAUCACAGGUCAAGCUAUGGAUAUUGGCGCACCUGCCAUCUUAUUCUUGAUUGACGCAUGGGAAGGUCAUUUGACACCUCCCGAAGCUGCUAGCAUUGCGGAUAAGGCGUCGUCCGGUCGUGACGUACCCACAGUCCGUGCGGCCGCCGAGCUAGCAUUAUCCGUGCUGCCUCACGCUCACGCUCUCAACUACAAUGAGAUACAACGUGCCGUGCUGCAGUGCAAGGAACAAAGCGACGCUAUGCUGGAACGAGCCUGCCUCACCGUUGAAGCUGCUGCUAAAGGUGGCGGCGUGUAUCCCGAAGUACUAUACACAGUGGCACGCUACUGGCACGAGUUGUAUCUACGUCAAGCUAACGAAGAAUCAGAGCCGCUGUUGGAUGAGCCACAGUACAGAGCCCAGCCGCCGCCUCUGGCCGUGCCAGUGCCCUAUCCCAUACCGUACCCCUUCACCUACCAUCCGUACCCGCCCGCUAUAUACCAGCUGCCGUACGCUGGAACGGGUCCACCGCAUCCGCCACCACAGUAUGCGCUGCCGCCGUAUUUCGUCCGCGGCAUCGUGGCACCGCCGGGAGCCCCGCAACUGCAACAACAUCCCCAGCAUCAACAACACCCCCCGCUGCAACAACACCCCCCACUACAACAACAUCCGCCGCUCCAACAGCAUCCUCCGCUGCAACAGCACCCGCCGAUCCCCCAACAUCCACCGAUCCCCCAACAUCAGCAAUUGCCUCAACAUCCGCCAUUACAACAGCAUCCGCCGCUGCAGCAACAUCCUCAACCGUUACAGCAUACUCAGCCGAUGCCGCAUCCUCAGCAUCAACCGAUGCAGCAUCCAGGACUCGCGCCACACCCGCCCAUGCCGCAACAUGUUGCGCAUCCACAGACUAUACAAGUCAACGCGACUGUGCAUCAAGUUCAUCCAGCACCGAUUCCUCCUCCGAUGCCAGCUCCACAACAGAUAGUGCCAGUACCCGGAGUAUCAGGCGCUCCCGGCGUGAACGUGGGCAACGUGAACGGAGUAGGCCCCGCCCCCAAUGUGGGCGUAGGCAACGGAGCCCCGCCCAACGGCGCGGCCCCCGCCCCCGCCGUCAAUCAGACGCAGUUGCGGAGAUUGUUAGCGGCGUAUCGAGUAGGCAUGUUGGCCCUAGAGACGCAAGCCCGUCGGGUACAUGAUGAUCGUCCGCAGAAUAAAUUUGGCAGGAACCCACCAUACGGCGAGCACGUGAAAUGGCUGCUCCGCAUAUCAAAGCGGCUGGGAGCUCAAUACCUGCACCAGUUCUGCGUGUGCGCGGUGAACUCGGUGGUGUCGCCGUUCGUGCUGUACGAGCUGUGCGUGGAGUCGGCGCACUGGCUGGCGCGCGGCGGCCCGCACCACCUCGUCAUGCAGCACCUGCGCGGCACGCUGGCGCCGCUCGUGCAGAAGUGUCAGCAGAUGUACAUUCAAUGCAUUCAUCAGAAGCUGUACCACUUGACUACAGUGGAGUAUGAGGAAUUUGUGAGCAUCGUUCUGUCGGCCCGUACUGCUUUCCAGCUCACACCAGAGGGAAACACACAGUUCAAGGAGUGGCUUGCUUCCUUGCGCAGAUCAAAAUCCUGCAAGAAAGAUCUGUGGACGCAGCUGAAUGCGGCUCUGCAGACAAACGGCAAAUGACGUCGGCAGCCGAUAGUUUGUAGAGUGCGGUGUACCGCGCGCAAACUGUCACAACACAGGCGAUGGCCGCGUUAUCGGCUCGUAUACCAUCUACAUAAUAUCUAACUGUAUUACAUGUUGUGUUAUUUGUAAUUUAUGUGCACGCCAUCAUCUUGUUACAGAAGUCGUUCUGAUUGCCAAAACUAUUCUUCCGAUUCAUAGUGAUAACAUAAUUACAGAUUAGAGAAUGGAAUACACGCCAGUAAUAUUAAAAAGAAAAUGACGUUUUCCUGAUAUAUCUGUGGCAUAGUAUGUAUGCUUUGUAAAUCUUGGUACUUGAAAGAGCAGAACGCCUAAAGUACUGUGGUGAGGAUAACUUAAAUUACAAAUAAUAUAAUUCCGACUGGAGAAGGAUAGAAAACCUCUGUUAGUAAUAGUAACACUCGACUUUGAGGGUAAUCGAUCUCAAUAUACACAAACGGAAUGUAUCGAUGAUCACAGAAAAAUGUUGCUAACUCCUAAUAUUCUUUUGAACGUUUUGGCACACUCAUACAAUGUUCGUAUGGGUCGUAUAAUUUCAGUACGUUUUGAAUUCCGCGAGAAGCGUCCGUUUAGUGUCGUAGUAAAUAUCAAGAGAUUAUUGAACAUUCGUUAGUCAUACUUCAUUGUUGUUUGAACUCAAGUUACUAACAUGAGAGGCAAGUUUAAGCUCAUUUGAAGGUUGUGCUUUAAAUAGUCUGAGAUUUGGUUGUUAUUGAAGUUUUAUUGUAAGACAAAUCAUAUUUGCACCUUUGCUAUUUAAUUAUUGGGGAGUUUAGCAACAUUUAAUUUGUAUUUCUUUUAGAGUGUGCAGUGUAACUUCUAAUGUUAACAACUUCGUCUUCUAAAUGCAUGCGUAAUGUAUAAAGCAUUGCACAAUAUCAUCUCUAACUUCUUUUUGUCUUUUCCGUGAAUUUUGAAUAUUCUUGACACACUUAACUAGUCAGUGGUUUUGAGGAUCCGUAUUUGGAGAACCAGUGGAACUUCAUAACUGUAGCUCAUUUAGUUUUCUUUUCUUUGAAUAGUGUAAUGUAAGACGUUUGGUUUGAAUUUAAUGUCUAUUUAUGCAUAGGGGCCAGUAGUGCCCUAUGACUGCAUUCGCGUAAAAGGUAUUAAAUGAUGACGAAUUAAUAAAGAAUGUUAAUCAGUAGCAGAAACUAUAACCAUAAUUUAAAUGCAAAUUUUGAGCCGAAUUGUUUCAGUUAUGAUUAGCAUUUUGUUGCUUUUAGUUAAUUCUAUAUGCUAGGUGGGCAUCUGAUAAUAUAGAAGAAUUGACUACUGUUGGAAAAAUAGUAGGGAGAUGUGUUGCUUAUAUUAGUUUUACCCCUCUAACCAAGUCGUAGUAUCGAUAUAAGCUCCAUGAGUUUCGGCCUAUCAGAAGAACUAAAUAUUGCCGUUGGAUUAUUCAUAGCUUGACGUGGACAUUUAUAUCAAGAUUUCUUACCAAGAUCAAGGAAUGAAGGCGUUGCUUACUUAAUUAUGAAUCAGUGUCCACUUAGCGGAUUAUCGUGAAGAUCUCUAUCAUUUUGUAAGCGUUUAGAAAAUAGUACGUCACUCAUUUAUUGUACGCGUUUCACCGUCUUUAGUGUAAUGUGGGUUAUUACCUAUUUCGUAGAUGUGGAAGUAGAGGACUGUGUUACGGUAUAUGUUUGAUUAUUUGUUUAAGUAUAAAUUGCGCUAUUUAUAUUACUUCGUUGGGUUCUACUCUCAAGAACGUAUUGUUACAUGAACUUAUGUGAACUAUUAUACAAAAUAAAGCGACUACAGUAUACAUGCUGUCUGUUUACUGAAUGUAUUUUAGACUUGUUAAUCCUAGAACAGUAAUUAUUGUGGUCGAUUUAUAAAUCGCAAUGUUUUUGGAUGUGACUCUUAACUAUUAUGGCAAAAAUUACGAAAUUUCAUUUUAAACCAUAGUCCAUAUUAUAAUGUGAAUUGGCUUAAGAUGUUUCAAGUGACCUAAAUAGCGUCAUUAGACUACAGAAUAUUAGACAGAAUGUAGGCGAUGACCGUCGAUACACUAUUUUUGAUAUUCUCUUGUCGAAAUUGCAGUUUCAUGAAUGUUAAGUAAUAACGUCUUGCGGAGAUAAAUGUAGACGUACGUUCUAUUAACUAUAGUAACUUUAUUUACACGUUUUUAUUACAUUAUAUAUUAUAAUAUAUAUAAUUAUAAUAAAUAUAUUGUAAUGCAUAGUAGCGUUGAAAGCCUCCGAAAUAUAUGUAAUUUAUGUAUUAUGAUGGAUGCGCUGGCAAUAAAUUAGUACCACUACCUAAAUAAAAAUCCCUUUCUAAAUGACGGUCGUAUCAUUGCUAAAGGCGACUUUUAGUGUCUUUUCAAGACCUACGGCAUUCAUUUAAUUUAUAUACCUUGCAAAUAAAUAUAUAAUUAAUUCAUUCAUUAUAAUUAAGUUUAUUAUGUUUGCCAUUCCACAGUCAGAUAAUAUAACAAUGUCUUAUUUUUUAAAGGACUGAUAUCACAUUGGCCAAUGCCAGGAAUUUUAAUGAAUUGGUAUUUAUUUCGUUAAUAUUUUUUCUUGAAGAAUGAAGAUUGACAGAAAAGAGAAUAUCCUUUUGCAAAUUUUAUGAAGUAAGAUUAUAUUUCCUGAUGAAUUUAAAUGAUGUAACUUACUUAGCUUUGUAUUAUCUCGUCCCGAACAGUUCCAUCUCGCGUUUUUCAGUUCAUUCUCCCAGAAAACUGUAUGAAAUUGCUCAAAUAACAAUAUAAUCAGAAAAAUAACGUGUUGGGCCUCGUUAUAACACAGUCUUAAUCUUGUUUUAGUGUUAUGUAAGUUGCUGCGCAAAAUGCAAUUUGUUAAUUGACAGAAUACUGGUCUGACAUUGGAAUGGAAUUUAUUGCCAGCUCAAGUAUCAAGUAGGCUUAGUUCAAUAUCUUUAUAAAAUUAGAUGUUUAUGUGCAUUCAUUAAGUGUGGAUGUUUUCAGCAUUCAGUAGAUAGUAAAUUUUUAGAAUGCUAGUUAGUAUAAAUUGAAGGUAAUUAACAAUUGGAUCAAAGCUAAGGUUUAUGAUUUUAAUGUCUUCUAAAUAACGUUCAGAAUGUCUCAGAAGGAUGGUUGUAUAGAGUUCCCUGAAUAUAGUAUUGUCAGUUUGAUAAUCAUGUUUAGAUCUUCUGCACAAAAGGUUUUACCGUUGCCAACUCGUUAAUAAUGCACUUUGAGUUUUGGUCUCGCUUGUGUGAUCGUUAAGGAAUAGUAUUUCGUACCGUCUUAUUUGUUCAGAUACUGUAUACCUGCUAAAAUAGGACUAAAGAAAUACAAACAUAAAUUGUUAUCAUUAUGAAAUCUGAAUAGGAAUUCUUGUUUGUAUAAACAUUCUCUGUAGGUAUAUUAACAGUCAAUCUCCCAAUCGCGUCCGUUAAUUUACUCAGUCAUGUUAUUUAUUUUGAUUUUGACUACCUCGUUUACCAGACUUAGAAAUCUAGCAAUCAAGAGUUUAUCUAAUGUCAUUAGGUUAAAACACGUCAAGUUGGUCUCUUCAAUGGCUCACAUAAUAAUUUUGUUAAAUGUUAUUUUCUAUUUAUCAGAAUAGGUAUACCUACUUCCUUAUGUCGUGAACCUUUGGAUUAAUUAAGUUGCGAUUACACGAAAUCUAUUCUUUUUAACGCAUUCACAUGAAAUAUUUAUUAUAUAAAUAAUGAUAUUUGGAAAGACAUAGUUAUCAUAGAGAUUUGCCGUCCAGAAAUUUAUUUGCAAUUCUGUAAAACUGUAGUCUUUCUUUCAUAAUAUCUUCCUAUUAAGAAGUAAAAACAAUACAACGUACAUAUUUAUAAUCCAAUAUUAACGAAUGGUUAUCUUAUAUUGCUCGUCGGGCAUUAUUAACAUUUACUGGUAUAGUUUUAUCUAAAAGCAUGUUCAUUUCGCGAUUGGCAUUAAGGAGCGCUUUGACAUUUUUGUCUCAAGAAAACUAUUUUUACACUAUAAAGCGUAUUUAAACUAAAAAAAAAAAAUAUUAAAUAUAUCGUUAGUUUCGUAAAUAUAGAAUGUUAGUACGGAGCAUAUUUUAAUUAGUCGUUUAAUGCAUGUUCAUAGAGUUAAUUCGCCCAGUGUCAGGCAAGUUCGCGAGGUGUUGCGGUAUCCCAUUGAUUUGCAGUUAUCGGUAUCACAUAUCAGUUCAGUCGUAGUUCACUUGGGACACGUUGUACUGGCAAAACGUCAGAACAAUAGUAUCCAACUUCUGAAAUGAGCAUAAUUUUAUUAAAUCACAAUUCAAAGAUUGUAUUGUAGCGUCAAAUAUUAAAUUAACUUCUAAGUCAUAGGCGUAAUGUGGAUUGGACAUACAGCAGAAUGAACUGUAAAGAACGACUGCCAGGUUUGGGACGACUGUCUGUUGAACAGUUGAACAGCAAAUGAAGGCGUAAAGCCGCCAGUGCCUCUAUCUAAUAGAACAGAUAAAUGUAACCGUAAUGAUUUAGAUGUAGAGGAAAUCGUAUGUCUUUUCCACAAUAUUGGUCUGCAUCUUUAGAUUGGUAGGGCACGACUACUAGAGCAUAUUGUUAAUUCAGGAUCGUGGGCAAUGGGUCGUUAGCUGCAACAGUUGUACUGAGUUUUGUUCUUUAAUACUCAUGGCAAUGUAUGCAUGUCGAACUACGUCACAUCACAAGUCAGUUAGUGGUAUUGAGAAUAACAGUCUAGCAAGUUUGUUUAGUUCUAAAUCGAAGAUGCAUAAUUAUUUUAUACAUCUGGAUUUGUAGUUUAAUUAUUGCACUUUGUAAGUGUGGUGUCUCCGCCUAUUAAAGUAUUUAACCAUUUACAGAGUUCGAAUGGCUACUUAUUAGUGUACGUAAUAAAUUUAUAUAAUGAUGAUAUUUUUAUUGUUCAUAUCGCAUAUUAUCUUACUUGAAGAGUGUAGUUGCAAAACAAAGAACGUCUACGUUUGACAUUAACGGGUUAAAAGUACUUACUUAAAUAAUUUCGACUAUCAUAAGAGUUUUAGUGAAAGUCAUACCGGUUGUUGCACUUAUCAUUUUAUCGAUAAAUAAAUAAAUCAACAACAAGUGUAAGAACGAGUAUGGUGUUAUCGUAGUUUCACAGUGACAUUUCUUGUUUUGUCGUUACACUUUUUAAGUGCAACACACGGAGGAACAGUGCAUAGGAAACAGUAAACACUUACCAACGUAUCCAAGUUUAAUAUUUUUCAGCUCGUAUUACAUUAUUGCAUUCUUUGCGCAAAUAUCAAACGAACUGUUUAAUUUUUUGUGCCACGAUCGUUUCAAACUGUCCGCCAUGUUUACUUGCAGGACGUAAGACUGACAAGAACAUUGAAAUAGUCGAAAGUGGAGUCUUAAAUGUAAUCCAGGGUGUCUAAAAACGAUACUGUUAUCAUGUACUGUACGUUUGAUCUGGUUAACAUUUACUUAGUUAUUCCUUUUGUGAUUUGGAACAAAUUGUUUUAUGGCAUCCUGUUUACUUAUAGAAAGUGCCCAUACAUAUAGUAUUUAUUAAAUAUAUAGCACUAGACAUUUUGCUCCGUUGUCGCAAAUGGUUGUAAUUAUAAAAGUAUAGUUAAUAUUAAUUAGUAAAAUGAUAGACUGUUUUGCACGACUUCUGGUUUGUCCGUGUCAACUCUUCCACACGUUGUCACUUCUCAUGCAAACGAAUUAUAUGAACACUUUGUGAUGACAAGUUCUGCUCUGAAGUUAGCUGGUUGCAUGUCAACCCACAACGUUUUCGAUAUUCGGUACAUUAAACCUAAUUGCAAUAUUAUCCCACUUAAAAUGUAUGUUUCUACUCAAACUCGAAAUAUUUUGACCUCUUGAACGUUUUAUUAUUACUUUUACGAUUACACUAUACCUAAGUCUUUUUUGGCAACAUAUUUGAAGUAAUAUUAUUUAAUUAUUCAAUAUACUUAUCUAUAUUAAGAAAA